UACAUUACUUACCCCGACACGACACUAUCUUUAGAAGAUCUCUGUAUAUACACAUACAUAUACAUAUUGUCUAUGUGAAUAAAAUAUGUAUGUGAAUAAGAUCUCCUUCCAAAAAUUUUCCUCGGGGGUCAGUUUUCCCUGACUUUUAAGCAUUUGGGUAUCUGAGGCUGGUGGAAUAAUUUGAUUUGAAGACGUUUUGGUCUGUUGGGAUUGAUCCGAGAAUGGCUUCUCUGGAGGGUCGUAAUACUCAAUCGACCGCCAAUAGCAGAUUAGCAGUAUUCUCUCGUCAUUUGCUGGGGCCUGCCGAGAAUUCUUUUCCGGUUAUUGAGAAUUCGCCGGUGUCUGCACAGACGGUCGGCGGUCUCAGGGGCUCUCUGACUGUAAUUGAUAAUAGAACAGGAAAAAAAAUCGAGGUGGAAGUUAGUGAAGGAGGAACAAUCAAGGCUACUGAUUUCAAAAAGUUAACUACAGGUGCAGAUGACAAGGGACUGAAGCUAUAUGAUCCAGGUUAUUUUAAUACUGCUCCUGUUCGUUCAUCUAUUUCAUACAUAGAUGGAGAUGAAGGUAUAUUGCGAUAUAGAGGUUAUCCAAUUGAAGAGUUAGCUGAGAAGAGCACAUUUCCUGAGGUGGCUUACCUUUUAAUGUAUGGAAAUCUACCAUCCGCGACUCAACUGGCAGAUUGGGAAUUUGCUAUUUCACAACACUCAGCACUACCUGAUGGACUUAUGGAUAUCAUACAAAAGAUGCCUCAUGAUGCUCAUCCGAUGGGUAUGCUGGUCUCUGCAAUUAGUGCACUUUCUACAUUUCACCCAGAUGCCAAUCCAGCUUUGAGGGGUCAAGAUCUUUACAACUCAAAGUCUGUUCGGAACAAGCAGAUUGCCCGUGUGUUGGGGAAGGUGCCAACUAUAGCAGCGGCUACAAACUUGAGAAGGAAUGGGAGACAACCAGUUUUUCCUUCUAACAAUCUUUCAUAUGCAGAAAAUUUCCUUUAUAUGUUGGAUUCAUAUGGUGAUAGGACAUACAGGCCUAAUCCUCGACUUGCAAGGGUGUUGGACGUACUUUUUAUCUUGCAUGCUGAGCAUGAAAUGAAUUGCUCAACUGCAGCUGCUCGACAUCUGGCUUCAAGUGGUGUGGAUGUCUAUACAGCACUUGCUGGAGCAACUGGUGCUUUGUAUGGCCCUCUACAUGGAGGGGCGAAUGAGGCUGUCCUUAGAAUGCUGAGCGAAAUUGGGACAGUUGAUAACAUUCCAGAGUUCAUUGAGGGUGUCAAAAACAGGAAGAGAAAGAUGUCUGGAUUUGGUCAUCGAGUUUACAAGAACUAUGAUCCACGGGCCAAGGUGAUUCGUAAGCUGGCAGAAGAAGUAUUCUCCAUUGUUGGGCGUGAUCCUUUGAUUGAGGUAGCUGUGGCUCUAGAGAAGACUGCACUUUCAGAUGAGUACUUUGUGAAGCGCAAGCUUUACCCAAACGUGGAUUUCUAUUCGGGCUUGAUUUACAGAGCACUGGGCUUUGAUACUGAGUUCUUUCCAGUCCUUUUUGCGAUUCCACGCAUGGCGGGUUAUCUUGCACAUUGGAAAGAAUCUCUUGAUGAUCCAGAUACAAAAAUUAUGAGACCUCAACAGUGGUACACUGGUGUGUGGCUUCGCCAAUAUACCCCUGUGAACGAGAGGGAAGUUGCAGAGAAAACUGAAAAACUUGGUGAAUUAUCUAUUUCUAAUGCAACAAGAAGGCGUCGUGCUGGAUUCCUUGCAUGAUUUGCAUUGCCGUUGUUAAAAACUUAUAUUGACAAAGAGCUUUGCAACUUUUGUUACAAUGGCACUUAGCAAGAUGACCUUAUUUAUGCUCGAACAAUCAAAUGCGCAAAUACAUUUUUUGCCAGAUCUGAUCUUUGCCCCAUAUCUGUAUUUGGCUUUAUCUCAAUUACUUACAUUAUUUUACCUGUAAGCAAGAAAAUAAAAGCUGGAACUGAAAAGCUUUUGCAUCCAGCUACUACUAGAAUAUCUUGUAUGAGAUUUAAUAUAUACUUUUUAUGUUCUUAACAAAGAGAGGCAAGUGCAAACGUGACAGGAGAAAGUAUUUGUUA